AUGUGCUCAAUCAUAGGAUUCAACCUGGAAACGGUAGAAUAUCGCAACGUCUCGUUCACUGUAUGGGAUGUUGGUGGACAGCAGAGAAUCAGGGCUCUUUGGAAGUACUACUUUCGCGAUACCCAGGCGAUAAUUUUCGUUGUCGACAGCGCUGACGUUGAUCGCAUGGAAGAAGCUCGCAAUGAAAUUCAUUCUCUUGUAGCGGACGCUGAGCUGCAUGAUGCUGUGCUGUUGGUGUUCGCAAAUAAACAGGAUAUGCCAAAUGCAAUGAGUGCUACAGAAGUUUCGAAGGCUCUCGAUAUGCACUGUAUAAUGAACAGAGAGGUAGGAUUUACUACAAAUUUCCUCAUUGAGUGA